AUGUUUCCAAUGCAUGGUACCAGAGACAUCAUCGCGCCAUUCUGGACAGAUUUUGACAACAGAAAAACUGGUUGGGUCUACUACAACCAAUACACCAGCGGCAGUGUUCUUAAUCAAGCAAACCAAGAUAAUAACUACUUCCCAGGCCUGAACUUUAACGCCAGCUUGGUCUUUGUUGCAACAUGGUAUGAGAUGGCCUACUAUCCAAACAGUGGAACAGAAACUACAGUUCAAGCAGUCUUGAUCUCUGAUGGCCAGUACUCAUUUGUGCUGAUGAACUAUGGAAUCAUAGCCCCACCGGUUCACAAUGUGCAGGCAGGAUAUGACACAGUCCAUUCAUCAUACCAUUUCACCAUACCCGGAUCAUUCUCCAACAAUGGAAUAGGCAAUAACUCAAGUUUCCGCCAGAGUAGCAACGUCAACGAACUCGGUCGCUGGGCUUUCCGGGUGGACAAUGGAACGAGAGGCUGUGUAAUCAACUGUCCAACCAUUCCUCCGACGACAACAGUUCAGCCAACUCCUCCAUUGAAUCCUCAGGUUAUUGGAGGACCCCUCUACCCCAUUGCUGGAACAACGACCGCUAGAGCACUUGAUGGAAGUUCUCCACUGAUUUCCCUGCAGCACCCUUUUGUGUACUUUGGACAGACGUAUAACCAGAUUUAUGUGAACCAUAAUGGACACAUGACCUUUGACUCAUCAUGGUAUAGUUACAUACCUCAAAUGUUUCCAAUGCAUGGUACCAGAGACAUCAUUGCACCAUUCUGGACAGAUUUUGACAACAGAAAAACUGGUUGGGUCUACUACAACCAAUACACCAGCGGCAGUGUUCUUAAUCAAGCAAACCAAGACAUUAAUAACUACUUCCCAGGCCUGAACUUUAACGCCAGCUUGGUCUUUGUUGCAACAUGGUAUGAGAUGGCCUACUUUCCAAACAGUGGAACAGAAACUACAGUUCAAGCAGUCUUGAUCUCUGAUGGCCAGUACUCAUUUGUGCUGAUGAACUAUGGAAUCAUAGCCCCACCGUUUCACAAUGUGCAGGCAGGAUAUGACACAGCCCAUUCCGCUUACUAUUUCACCAUCCAUGGAGCAUUCUAUAACAUUGCAUCACACAAUGAAUCUACCAGUCUCAACCAGAGCAGUAAUGUCAACAUACCAGGUCGCUGGGCCUUCAGGGUAGACAAUGGAACCAGGACCUGCACUUUCAAUGGUUCACCAGUACAAUUGUUUGAGUCAUUCUGGAGCGACAGUACCUGUUCACAGAAGUGCACCUGCACCUUAGCAGGCCUACAGUGUCACAGCCAACCCUGCUCUUUUUCCCAAGUCUGCCAGCCUGCAGCCUUUCAGUACUCCUGCCAGACGGUGCAGAAAGGCAUCUGCACUAUAAGUGGGGAUCCGCAUUACUAUACCUUCGAUGGCACAGUGUUUCACUUUCAGGGUACCUGCACUUACAUUCUCUCUGAGCAAUGUGGACUAGAGCUGCCCUACUUUAGAGUAGAGGGCAAGAAUGAGCAUAGGGGCAGCACUCAUGUUUCAUGGACCAGACUGGUUAAAGUGUUUGUCUAUAAUGAAACCAUUGAGCUUGUGAAGGGACAUCAUGGAGAGGCCAAGGUAAAUGGAAGUUUUAAAGCAACUCCAAUCUCCCUCAACAAUGGCGCUAUCCAGGUUUUUGAGUCAGGUUUUUCUUUGAUCAUCAGCACUGAUUUUGGAUUAGAGGUAUCCUAUGAUAACAACCAUUUGGCCAAGAUCAGUCUGCCUUACACAUACUUUAAUGCAACAUGUGGCUUGUGUGGAAACUUCAACAAUAACCCUGGGGAUGACUUUCGGACCCGCCAAGGCGAGCUUGUUAGCUCUGACGUGGUUUUUGCUGACAGCUGGCAAGCAUCAGUAGGUGAUGAACCUGGCUGUGGGACAAAUUGUGGAGGUCUAAACUGUGCUGCCUGCACCGAGAGUCAGACAGCUUUAUUCAGCAAUUUUGACCAUUGUGGUAUCCUCAAGAACAAUUCCGGUCCAUUUGCUGCAUGCCAUCCACAUCUUUCUCCAGAGCUCUUUGCCGAGAACUGUGUGUUUGAUCUAUGUGUGGGAGAAGGUUACCAGCCCAUACUGUGCCAAGCCCUUAACGUCUAUGCAAGUCAGUGUCAACAGUUGGGUAUUCAGCUUGCAAGCUGGAGGAGCGAAGGAUUCUGUGAAAUCCCAUGUCCCUCCAACAGUCACUUUGAGUCUCAAGGAACAGGAUGUCCAGCUACCUGUGUCAAUCCAAAUUCUACCUAUAACUGCCCUCUAAAUAACAAGGAGAGCUGCAUCUGUGAUUCUGGCUACAUCCUUAGUGGUGGAGUCUGUGUUCCUCAUGCUGAGUGUGGCUGCAGCUUUGAGGGUAGCUACUACCGCUCUGGAGAAACAGUAAUACUAGAUGAGGACUGUGGCAGACUUUGCAGCUGCAGUUAUGGCUCCAUGACCUGCAGUUACCAUGGUUGUGGCCCACUUGAAUCUUGCAGUGUGGUAGACGGUAAAAGAGGAUGCACACCUAACAGUUAUGCAACAUGCUGGGUUAAGGGCCCAGGGUCAUAUCAUACAUUUGAUGGAAAGGCAUAUCAGUACCCUGGGGCCUGUCGAUUGACCCUUGCCAAAGUAAUGGGAUUGUCUAAUCACCCACACUUUAUGGUGACAACAGAGAAAGUGCCCAGAGGACAGCAGGGUUUUGCCAAUGUGCUAACGUUUGAGGCAGAGGGAACACAAGUCUCCAUUGAAAUAACAGGCAGCAGCAGUGUUAAGGUCGAUGGUCAACGUAUCAGACUACCCUUCAGCUCAGCAUCAAACCAAAUCCAGAUCUACCACAGCAGCAUUCACAGUAUCAUCCUUCACACCUCAUUUGGUGUAACUGUGCAGACAGUCUGGCCUCACUAUGUGCGUGUCACAGCACCUGGUAUCUACAAUGGCACACUUGGUGGACUCUGUGGUAAUUACAAUGGUCACCCUUAUGACGACUUCCUCACACCCAAUGGCAACCUAGUCAAUAGCUCUCAGAUUUUUGGGGACAGUUGGCGAGAUGGCUCCCUUGCUGCUCACUGUGUGGAGAACAGAGAUCAUAACUCUACAACAUACAACAAGUCUAGGCAGGACUGUGACAUCCUUGGAUCACCACAUGGGCCAUUUGCCAAGUGUUGGGCUUCAGUAGAUGCACAACAGCAUGUGGAUGCCUGUGUGGAUAUCAUUGAAGCCUCUCCAGAUCCAGCAUCAUUCCAUUGCAAGGUCCUACAAGAUUAUGCACUAAUGUGUCAACAGAAGGGUAUCAUCCUAGGAUACUGGAGGAAUUUAACUGGUUGUGAGCAAAACUGCCCUGUGAACAGCCAUUACGAACUCUGCGGAGGUUCUUGUCCUUCCUCUUGCCCCACCCUCUCAUUUCCCUUCUCCUGUAACAGUCAGUGCCAGGAAGGAUGCCAGUGUGAUGAUGGUUUUGUCCUUAAUGGCAAUCAAUGUGUGCCACCAACAGACUGUGGAUGCUAUUAUCAAGGACGCUAUCGAGAAAGUGGUGAUCAGUUUUGGGAUGGGGAGGAGUGUCAGAAUUUGUGCAACUGUAAUGGCAAUACUGGAAUAGUCCACUGUAACCCAAGCUCCUGUGGUCCCCUUGAGUCCUGCCGUGUGGUGGAGGGAGAGUUUGGAUGCCAUCCAAGCCCGCAUGGCAUCUGCUCUGCAUCAGGUGACCCUCACUACCUCAGCUUUGAUGGCAAACCGUUUGACUUCCAGGGGACCUGCCGGUAUGUUCUGGCAACACUUUGUAAUGCCACUGAUGAACACCAUGAAUUCUCAGUGGAAGCAAAGAAUGAGCAAUGGCAAGGCGCUCCUGUCUCAAUCACAGCUGAAGUUUUUGUCAAUGUGUGGGGCUAUCAAGUGCACCUGUCAGGGGACAUCAGUGGCAUGGUAGAGAUAAAUGGAAUUACAACAAAUUUACCAGUUCUCUUGAAAGGAGGCCAAGUUUCCAUCUAUGCAAGUGGAUCUCGCACAUUUGUUAGUACUGACUUUGGCCUGAGUGUCACAUACGACGGAUGGAGUACAGUGACUAUCUCUGUGCCUUCUAAUUACAGUGGGCAGACAUGUGGACUUUGUGGCAACUUCAAUGGGGAUCCAAAUGAUGACUUCCACACCCCGUCAGGAAUGAUUGUCAACACUCCAGAUGAGUUUGGAAAAGCUUGGAAAGUGGCAGGCAACUACACCUGCAGUGAUGGGUGUGGCUCCUCCUGCCAGCAAUGCACCAACGACCAGCCUGCUAGAGCCAAAUGUGAGCUGAUUCAGGCAGCUGAUGGCCCCUUCAGCUUCUGCCAUGGGCAGGUGGACCCAGCACCAUAUUUCAAUGACUGUGUGUUUGAUGUUUGUGUGUCGGGCAAUGAGGGCCAAGAUCUUCUGUGCAGGGCAAUUGAGGCAUAUGUCACUGCAUGUCAGUCUGCUAAUGUUCGAAUCUACCCUUGGAGAGAGAACACAACCUGCCAACUUGACUGUACAACGAACACCCAUUAUGAGCUGUGUGGUACUGACUGUGGCCACACCUGUGCCAGCAGCAUUGAUGCAACCUGUGUGCAGGUUUGCUCUGAGGGAUGUUUCUGUGAUGAAGGCUUCGUAAGGAGUGGGACAAAAUGUGUCCCUGUAGAAAACUGUGGGUGCCAAUAUGAUGGCUACUACUAUAAUGCUGGUGAGUCCUUCAGGACGGACAAUUGCUCCCUACAAUGUCAGUGCCAUGCUCCCAAUGACCUGCGCUGUUCUGCUGCAUCUUGCACUCCUGCACAAGAGUGCACAAUUAGAAAUGGCAAGCUAGGCUGUUUUGCUGCAACAUCUGCUAUGGCUACUUGCACUGUGUGGGGAGACCCACACUACUCUUGCUUUGAUGGGGCACUGGCUCAUUUUCAGGGCACAUGCUCUUACAUCGUUACUGAGAGUGGGAGCCACAGUAUGAAUGAAACACAGUUUCAGGUAGUAGCCACCAAUAAUCACCGAGGCAACAACCACGUGUCGUUUGUAUCAGCAGUGGAUGUAUACCUCUCAAAUAUGCCAGAGAGUGCACACAUAAGGAUUGGACCGAACAAAAUAGUUAAGGUAAAUGGAAGUGAGGUGUCUCUUCCCACCAUUGCAGGCACCUUAGUUCAUGUGUCAAGGAAGGGAAGCUUCAUAGAAGUCAAUGCCGGUGACCUGAUAGUAGAGUUUGAUGGAAAGAGUACAUUAAUGGUGAGAAUCGGCAAAAACCGUGAAAACAGAGUCAGUGGGAUGUGUGGAAACUUUAACGGUGACUCUUCAGAUGACAAAGUCUUGCCUAAUGGAACAUUGGCUCUAAAUGAUAAUCAUUUCGGGCACAGCUGGAUGUCACCGACAAGCCAACCAGGAUGUGGAUCCACAGAUGAUGACGUUGGUGAUGGAUUGACCGACUGCCCCUUCAUGCAAGAAUACUCUGACCUCUGUAGUGUCAUCACAAACACCACUGGCCCAUUCAGUUCCUGUCACUCACACUCUGACCCACAGCCAUUUUACAGCGCCUGUGUGUAUGAUCUCUGCCUCUACACUCAAGCCAAUGGCAUGCUGUGUUCUGCUGUGUCUGCCUAUGAGUCAACUUGCUCAGUUCUUGGAUUAAACAUCCCAGAAUGGCGCUCUGCUUUGUAUUGUGCUGAGUCAGACCCAUGCGAUCAAUUGGACUGCUCAGAGGAUGAGUGGUGCGGUGAGCGUUAUGGAGAGUACGGCUGCUUCUGUGAUGAGCAGCACCAUCGGGCAAAACAUGAGAGCUAUGACUCGUCAAUCGCUUGUGUCAGCAGUACAGGCACCAUGUCUUUGUCGCGCUGCCAGUUGUUUGAAGCUGGCUUCAAACCAAGCACCCUCCACCUCAAAGAUCACUCCUGCAACGGGACAAUUCAGGACGGCAAACUAGUGUUUCAAUUUGACAAUGAAGAGCACAAGUGCGGGACAGUUCUUAGGAGCAAUGGGACCCACAUCAUCUACGAGAACACCAUUAAGGGUGACGUGGACACCCAUGGCGAACUAAUUAGCCGUAAAAAUAAUCUAAAUCUGAAUUUCUGCUGUGACUACCCUCUGACCAGGGCCCUGUCUAUGGCUGUGGGCAUCAACCCUGUAGAGAGCAUCGUGAACAGGAAUCUACCUGCUGGCGUUGGGCAGUAUAGUAUCAGAAUAAUACCCUACCAGGACGCAGACUUCCACCCCCUCACUGGUGACAACAACACAGAAAUUGAAAUCAACCAAAGGAUAUAUGUGGAGGUUCGGACAGAAGGACUUGAUGAACGGCAGAUCUCCACCAUCCUAGACUCUUGUUGGGCCACGCCUGUCAACAUUGCAAACUACCCUGUCCGCUGGGAUCUCAUCAGUGCAGAGUGUCCUAACCCACAAGAUGGUACAGUAGAGGUGAUUCAAAAUGGCAUCUCCACAGUGUCCCGAUUCUCCUUCAAGAUGUUCACCUUCACCAACUCUUCAACCAUCUACCUGCAUUGCCAGGUCCACCUCUGUCUUUUGAAGAAUAACAACUGCGUCAAUAACUGCUACCCAGGUCAUCACGGGCGAGUUCAGAGGGAUGUAUCACAACAUGAACCUACAGACAUCUCAGUUGGACCCAUUGUCCUGAGACAGGCACGAUCACUUUACAAAGAUGGCAGAGUGGAAAAGAGCAAUGCCUCGGGCCAACUGACCUGCAUGGUGACCUUACUAGUCAGUUUACUGACUGUUAAAACUCUGAUCUAGACGGCUCAAAUUUAAGCCCUCGCACAGUCAGCGAAUGAAUGUAUACAUAUUACACCACAACAGAAUCAGUCAGCACUAGUUUUUUUUUUUGAUCAUUUUUUUAGAAUGCUUAAUGGUUUUAUCUUUGUCAGGAUCCACCAAAAAAGUAGAAGGAGAUA